AUUGGAAUGAGUACAAUCUAAAUCCCUUAACGAGGAUCCAUUGGAGGGCAAGUCUGGUGCCAGCAACCGCGGUAAUUCCAGCUCCAAUAGCGUAUAUUUGUUAAGAACAAUGUGGAUAGCUAGUAACCAUGCCAAGGAAGAACGGACCGCGUCCAGGCCCAAGACCAAGACCACGUCCAGCAAGGAGAGAGAGGCGGCCAAGGAUUAGGCCCGACUCUAGUUUAGGAGUUUUCCUUUUUCUCUUCAUGUUUAUCUUUAAGAGGUUUUCUCCUUUUUACUUUAGGAUAAGGAUUUGUACUCUUUCCUUUUAUCCAUAUCUUGUAAUCCCCUAUAUAAGGGAACACUUUGAUUAAUGAAUAAGACACACGAAUUCCCCUAUUGUUCACAACACGUUAUCAGCACGAUAGCCUCUAAAUCCCUGAGACCUAAAUCGAAACAUAAAAGCCUAUAACCGGCGACUCAAAGCUAAAAUCCUAGACGUUCUCCAUUGCUCUAAAACCUAGACGUCGUCAAGACCGAACGUCCUCAGCUUCAUGAUCGUGUCCUCAGCUCGCACUCAAGAAGAACGCAUCCGUCCAGCAAAUAGCUCGCAGCUCGCGUCCAUCCCCAGCUCGCGUCCGACUACAUCCGCGACCCGAUAGGAGGCAGCAAGCGUUCAUUCUCCUCAGCUCGAAGUUUCACCCAUUCUCAGGAGUUCCGAUUCUAUACCUCUACGAAACUAAGGUAUGAACACAAUCUGAGAACAUAGAGUAAGAUCACCCCUAAUCCAUCAUUAUGGAAAUCUUGUUCUCGAUGAAACCCUAAAAGAAACUAGAAGAUUAAAAUCGACAAAGUUUUAAAACUAGAAAGCUAAACGAUUCCAAACUAGAACUUGAUUGUAUGAUUGAUUGAUUAAAUCUGAAACCUGACAAACCCUAAUGAAGGAAUCGAAACCCUAAACCCUAAAAGUUAGAAAUCGAUUUUAUGAUUGAACUUGCUUGUUUGAUUGCUUGUUUGAUUUGAAGUUUUAGGAAUGUUAGAUUGUUUGAAAUAAUCUAACAUAGUAUACAGAAUACUUAAGGCCUUGAAACCUUAACAUAAGGUUGAUAUGAAUUCAAAGAUUGGAAAUCCUAGGUGUUAUGAAAAGAAGUAAGAUAAGGUAGAUUGCUUUACAUGAAUCCGAACAUUGUAUUGCAUUCAUAAUUGAUUGAAACAAGAUCGACCAGCAUAUAGAUCAUACGAGUUUAGGUUGUUAGAAAACCUAUAGAGCCGUGUGGCUCAUGAUUGAUAGCACCAUGGUCGAUUAGAAUUGUUUGAAUAUCAUAAAUGCAUAAGACGUGUUGUGGCCGAGCUUGCUUAUAUCCUGCGGCCACGUGAAUCACAUUGUGAACCUAAUACCUUACAUGAUAAUGUGAUUCAGAUGUCGAAAAUAGCAAACAGAGACUAUGCAGCCCUUAAUCUCUCCGGAGACAAUUACUUGCAAUGGGCGCUAGACACAAGGAUUAGUCUAAAGUCCAAGGGACUCGGUGAUACUAUCACCGAGGACAACAAUGAGAAUGAAAAGAACCGAUACAGAGCCUUAGGCCUUAUGCGUCAUCAUCUCAUUGAUGGUCUUAAAGAUCAGUACGUGACAAUUGAGAAUCCACUAGAUCUUUGGAAAGCUUUAAAGAGCAGAUAUGAUCACCACAGGAUGGUGUUGCUUCCAAAGGCAAGGCACGAUUGGAUGCACCUAAGAUUCUUAGACUAUAAGUCAGUGGAUGAGUACAAUUCAGCUCUAUUCAAGAUUGUCUCAAUACUAAAGCUAUGUGGUGAAGAAGUAUCCGAUAGUAUGAUGCUUGAAAAGACCUAUACGACUUUCAAUCAGUCGAAUUCUGUGUUGCAAGAGCAAUAUAGGACAAAGGGUUUUGCCACAUACACUGAUCUGAUCUCAUGUCUACUCUUGGCCGAGGCCAACAAUGAACUCCUACUAAAGAGUAACGGAGCUAGACCGGCCGGGACAGCACCACUACCCGAAGCCCAUGAGGUUGAGAAGAAUGAUCCCAAAGAGACCUACUACGUCCAAGACAACAACAAACCAUACGGCAAUGGCCGUGGUGGAUUCAAGAGGCGUGGACGUGACAAUUCGAACGGCCGAGACGGCUACUCAACUGGCCGGAAAGGAAACCACAAUAACCGUGGUCGUGGUUCCAAUUACGGCCGGGGUCGAGGCAGCUACGGCCGCGGACGAGGUGGCAUAUCCAAACCAUCUUACACGUCCAACAAGUCUGUAUGCCACAGAUGCGGGAGUGACAACCUUUGGGCUAAGAACUGUAGAACUCCGAAACACUUGUGCGACCUCUACCAAGAGAGCCUCAAGAACAAGAAUCCGGAGGCAAACAUGAUCCAAGAAAACGUCCAUGAGGACAAAGGAUAUGGGUAUGAUGCUGACAAUGAAUCCGACAAGGACAACCAAGAUGACCUAAUGGAUUUUGAGACAUCCGAUUGUCUCAAGGACUAGUUUUCGAAUCACAUUGUCUUAUUGCUUUAUGUCUUUGAUUUGGUGUUUUUUUUUAUUUUAUGUAAUGGCAUUUUAAUAAUAAGAGUUUUAAACAUCUUAUGAAGUCUCUAAAGUUUAAAAAAUUUUAUUUAUAGAAUGAAUGAUGAGAUGAGUGUACUUGUGGUGGAUAGUGGCACAAGUCACACAAUACUUAGAGACAAAAGCUACUUUAUAUAUCUCACAAUGCAAAGUGAAAAGAUACACACCAUUGCGGGUGAGGCUAGCCUGAUUGAAGGUCACGGCCAAGCCUAUGUGAUGAUGCCCAAGGGCACUCACCUAGAGAUCAAAACCGCCUUGUAUUCCCCAAGCUCUAGAAGAAGCUUAUUGAGUUUCAAGGAUAUAAGAUUGAAUGGUUUCCAUCUUGAAACAUGGGAAGAAGGAAACAAAGAAUUCCUUAACAUAACAUCGAUCACCAAAUGCAAUAAAAAGAUCCUAGAGACAAUGCCCGCAAUGACUACUGGUCUAUACUAUGCAAGGAUCAGUAUGAUCGAGGCCAAUGCCCCCGAGCUAUUCACUUUAUGGCAUAACCGGCUUGGCCAUCCCGGAACAGGAAUGAUGCGAAAACUGAUGAUGAAUUCACAAGGGCACACGUUUAAAGGAGUGAUCCCACGAAAUCUCACAUGUGCAGCAUGUGCACAAGGGAAACUCAUAAUCAGGCCAUCACCAGCCAAGGUUAACAAAGAAACCUUAAACUUUCUGGAAAGGAUUCAAGGAGACAUAUGUAGACCAAUACACCCACCUUGUGGGACGUUUAGAUACUUUAUGGUCCUCAUUGAUGCAUCGACCAGAUGGUCACAUGUCUGUCUACUAUCCACUAGAAACCUAGCCUUUGCACGGCUGCUUGCUCAGAUGAUAAGACUGAGAGCACACUUUCCAGAUUUCCCUCUUAAGACUAUACGUC